AUGUGCAGGAGCUCAUUGAGUGAAGCAUCUGGUGCUUUGCAGUACUGUGGGCUGCUGUUCCGACAUGCUGGUUGGCCUCUCUGCAUUAAUGAAAAGGUUGUCCUGCAAUUGGCGUCUAUAGAUUGGAGACUACUCGAGCCCGGAGAUUUUUACUUCCAGGUGGUGCCGUAUUUAAGGAAGACACCAAGAAUAGUGUUAAAAUGUCUGGCUCAUGAUCUACAUAACAUUGAGGAGCUGGUGGUUCCAGAGGUGUCCUAUACCUCUAUCUUUACUCUGGAAUGGCUAGAAUUCAUAAAUUUGAGAAGGAUGGGAACUUCUUUAGAGAAUUGCCUUCUGACGUCUGAUGACCAACUGUUCAGGGUGCCCUGGGAUAGGGUUGUGAAUCCAGAAUUUGUAGGGAAGCUUCCAACACUUGAACAGGCCUCUGAAGUGUCAACUUCUGGGAGCAAUAAAAGACAACAGCUCCACAUGGAGGAUUCGAUUAUCCAGCGAAAAGAAGAUAAGAGUCAAAUAGCUUCUGCCAGUAGUGAUUUCCAAGCUCCAGAACAUAUAACUUUGGAAGUGAAAACUGUGGAAUCGAAUAGUGAAAUUGAAGGAGAAUAUGUGGAAUUAGCAGAUAUCUCUGUGCAGAGAUUAGGACCUCAGAUGGGUUCCCUAACUCAGUCUAUAGCCUUAAACUUCAAAAGUCACCAGAAAAACACACAAUGGACACAAAAUAAACAGACAGUUGUGAUUGGAGACAGUCAACCAAGCUCCUCGUGGUUAGAAUGCUCAUCAGUAAAUACAACUCCUUGCUCUCUUCUACAGUCUAAUGGCAAUACUUUUAUGGGCCAAAGCUUUAGACAUAUUACACAUUUUUCAGAAAGAACUUUGGAAUCUAGCUCACCAGAUUAUGUUGGACAUAUGGUGAAUGAGUCUGGCAUACAAGAUUCCAAAUCCCGUGAUCCCCAAGAACACCAAUCUUUGAUCUAUUCUGCUUGCAACCAAAUGCAUAGUCUGGAAUGUAAAUGUUCGAUGGAUGAAGAUAUAUCUAUGAUAUCUGCACAAAUAAAACUGGACAGUGGUACUGGAGAAGCUAAUAGCACACAAAUAUGUGAACAGUCAGAUUUAAAACUCAGUCAAAGUAGUAAAUCUUUUACUUUAUUACAACAGAAAGGUGGAAACAUCUUUAUAGAUGCUAUAGAAGAUGUCAGGAGUGCAACAGGUUGUUUACAACAACAACCUGCCACAGACCAUUACAGUGGACAAGAUCUACUAAUUGAGGUCUUGGAAUCUUCCCAGCAAGUGCUUAGUACUGGGGAUAUCGGUCAAAAUGUGCCUUUAAGUUCCUUGGAUAAAAAUAUUUGUCAGUUAGAAAUAACAGAUAGAAAAGAAUCUGAAAAUGUUGUAGGUUCAGAAGAAGCCUUGACUAAAGGAGGGAAAGAUCAAGAUGGAAAAUCUGGCCUUAGCAUUCUAUGCUCCUCAGUCAGUGACACAUCUCUGGUUGCAGUGGAACACAGCCAAAGUGCCUCUAUAAACAAUGAACUGGACACAACCGACACCAGUAUAAUUAAAGAAAAUGCUGAAGGUGUUAUUAUAGAAUCUAUUGUCAGAGACUUUGAGGAUAUCAGGUCGGAGAGAAGACUAUCUACAGAGACGCUAGUUGAACAGGACCCAAGUAAGGAUGGAAAAAUAUCUUACAAAAAUGACCAUUUACAGAACUGUCUGCCUCAUACAGAAUAUUCAGUGUCUGGUUCAGAUAUAGUGCUAAUGCCUUUAGAGACUCUUCAUGAGGAUACAGAAGAACACCAACGCCUUUGUGAGAAGAGUACAGAGGAACAACCUUCACAUGUUGUGACUGAGACAGAACAGGUCACAUAUGUUGAAAAGAUAGCAGACAAUGCACUACACUCGGUAGCAUCUGUAUCCUGUCAACAAGGUCUCUGUCCUUCAAUCUCAUGGCGAAAUCCGGGUCACCUGCUACCCACUCUGGCCAGAGAUGUCAACCUUGAAGUCCUAAUGAGUGGAAUUGUCUCUCUUCCUGGAACCCGGGACAGAAAUGGACGUGCAGUGGUGAUAAUCAGUACAAGGAACACAGCCUGGCUAAACCCUAAUUGUACAUCUGCAGAGCUGGGGCGCCUAUUCCUGUAUUUCUACAGCAUUCCAAAGAAGGAACGCCGUGCAUUAGGGCUGACUCUGCUUGUGGAUGCGCGCCGAUGCUCUCCGGUUCCUGCCUUGUUUAAAGCCUUUCAUAUCGUGCAGGCUGCUGUACCCAACUGCAUCCAUGGAGUUUUGCUGUUGGUGGAAAAAGAUCUGGUGUUAUCAGGGGAGAAGCUUCACGGAGUGCAGUUUGAUCUUCUGACUUCAACAAAAUCCUUACACAAGCACAUCGAGGCACCCCUUCUCCCACUGGAGUUUGAUGGAUCAUUGCCGUACUGCCAUAAAGACUGGCUAGCGUUUCGAAUGAAGUGGGAGCACCUGCAGGAGGCUUGUCACAAUGCCUACAACUUUCUCCAGAACGCAAUCAGGAGUCUGCACAUCAGCUCGCUGCCAGAAAAGGCCGAGGAAGCUAGUAAUCUCCUGAUGAGAUUCGGGCAGCUGAUGAAGACUGUACUGGAGGACAAAAGACUGGUGAGACUGCAGACAGAGGGAGGCGCUAUCCUAGCUAGACUGAGGAAGGAAGAGUCUUGUGUGACCCUGACGGAGGACUAUAGGGAAGCAGUGGACAUGGCAGCUGAGCUAUAUAAUCGUGUGGAUGAGGGUGUGCACAGUCUUGUCAAGUUGUCUAAUAAACGCAUACAAGAAAUGGAACUGGUCAUCGAGUUUGAUGCCUUUGAAGAACAAUUUUGUGAGGUCGGCAGCUGGAUAGAGAAUGUUGGUGAGCGGUUACUGAGGGAGUGCACUGUUCUGGAGGAUUCCCUGGAAGUUCUUCUCCAAACACAGCGACGUUUCCAGGAAUUUUAUGUUGUUGCACUUGAAUACUGCAGGAGGGCUCAGGAGAUGAUGCAGAUCUCAGAAAAGUGGCAAAGCCUAUCGUCCCCUGAGAUUCAAAAGUACAGAGUGAAGCUGCAGAGGUGCAAGGACAAACUGGGAGAUUUCUCGUGGAGGCUGGAAGAAGCCCGCACCAGGCUUGAGAAAACUGUGGUGUUGUAUCAGUUUUUUGACAAGGCUUACGAAUGGGCUUUGGAGGGAAUGCGUCACCUUGCCUCUAUUACCUUGGAUGACUGUAAUUCCCCAGACCUUUGUGUAGCUGCCAUUGAGAGCUUGGAAUAUUACAAAGCUCAGCACCCAGAGAUUGAUGAGCAGAAGUUUGAAGAGAUGAGAGAAUUAGCUUGUGAACUGCAAAAUGAAAGAGCUACAAAGCAGUGGAAGUUUGCAUGGUCCAAGUGCCAGGAGGCCCGGCAAGUGUUUGAGAAGAAACUGGAGGCAGCUUUGCGGGUGAAAAGGUCAUUGUCUAUGCAGCAAAGAUCUCCGGGCUCUUUUUCACAACGCAGACACUCAGAUAGUGUAGACCAGAAAAUGCAUUCAGAGAAGAGCAGCAACAUGUCUUAUUUUCAGAACAAGCUGCUUAACUCCCCUCUCUGCAGCAGGGACAGUAAACUUGGAAAGGUACUUGAGAACAGAUCAGAGCUGGGGUCUCACUGUGAGCAGAAAUCUCCAAAAACUAGCCCUCUCUCAAAUGCAAGUUCUAUGGUGUCUGCAGCCUUCAGAAUGAGAAAAAUGUCUCUGCAAAGUGUUCCUGGUGAAGACCCUAAUUUUGAACUCCUCCAUCAAGAACCUUCUUGCUCCUCCACCCCCACUGCCCAAUCACGUCCCAUAACAAGAAGGUUACUAAGAAAGGCCCAGAGUUUUGAUCUCCCUAACAGUGAGGGAGGGACUUAUGGAUGCCAAAGAAGGUUGAGCGAACCUGGUAGAAAAGGUAACACAGGAGUGUUCAUUAAAGGACUGGAAGUGAGUAGCACAGAACUUGUAGACAGGCCCUGCAGUCCCCGGCAGCCCUUGCCACUGGACUGGUCAUCAGAACGCAUUCUCAGUGAGAGGAGAAGCAGCAUCUCAUCUGACGGAAGGACACGCAGCAGUAAAUUCCGACAUAUCAUUGAUGAGAUGGUAACAACAGAAAGGGAGUAUGUUCGCUCCUUAUGGUAUAUAACCGAGAACUACUUUCCAGAGAUGGAGAGAUUGGACCUGCCUCAAGACCUCCGUGGCAAGCGUGGUAUCAUAUUCGGGAACCUAGAGAAACUGCGUGAUUUUCACAGCCAGUACUUCCUCAGGGAGCUGGAGAGCUGCUGCAACCACCCCCUGCGAGUCAGCCAUUGCUUCCUCAGACAUAAAGACCAAUUUGGAAUGUACGCUCUUUACAGCAAGAACAAACCCAGAUCAGAUCUUCUGCUUGCUAGCCACGGGAACAUAUUUUUUAAGAAUAAGCAGUGUCAGCUUGGAGACAAGAUGGAUUUAGCUUCGUAUCUCCUGAAACCAAUACAGAGGAUGAGCAAAUACGCCCUGCUGCUGAAGGACCUUAUCAAGGAAUGCGGAGAGGCUCAGGAACAGGAGCUGGCCUACCUGAGAGCAGCUGAGGAGAUGGUCAAGUUCCAGCUUCGCCAUGGCAACGAUCUGCUGGCAAUGGAUGCCAUCCGUGAUUGUGAUGUGAAUCUGAAGGAGCAAGGACAGCUUGUUAGGCAAGACGAGUUUACAGUAUGGCUGGGCCGUAAGAAGUGCCAGAGACAUAUCUUUUUGUUUGAGGAUCUUAUCUUAUUCAGCAAGCCUAAGAGAAUUGAGGGUGGACUUGCUUACUAUAUCUACAAGCGUUCCUAUAAAACAGCAGACAUCGGGUUGACUGAAAGUUCUGGAGACAGCGGAUUGCGUUUUGAAAUUUGGUUUAGAAGGCGCAAAUCUAAUGACACUUACAUUAUUCAGGCUGCCGGCCCUGAGACUAAGCAGGCUUGGACCAGUGACAUUGCUAAAAUCCUAUGGCAGCAGGCUAACAGGAAUAAAGAGAUUCGCAUGAAGGAGAUGGUAUCCAUGGGGGUUGGUAAUAAGCCGUUCUUGGACAUAAAGCCUAGUGAUGCAGCAAUCAACAACAGAGCUAUUGAUUACAUCAUGAAAGGGAGAGGUGCAAGGACGAGAGCAUCGAUUGCAGUGUCCUUGUUUGACCACUCCGAUCCUUACAAGAGGACCCAAGCGCCUAUCACCUGUAGCUCUGUACACUCCAAACGUGGCCCUUCCUCUGCCUCACUGCUGGGACCACUUAAUCUGCAUAUGUAUGUUAACCAAACUCUCCUGCCAGGAAUGCUGUCCCACAACCGACCAUUUGAGACCAGCAGUUGCCUUGAAGAGGAUGAGCUUGAGAAUGAGACUAGCAGCAGCCAACCCUCCAUGACAACAGAGAGUUCCGAAUCCUCACAAUGCAUGUCUGGUGCUGGGUCCAGUGGCUCUGAUAGUGGAUGUGUGUCCUAUAAUCCCCAGGACAACUUAUCUGAAGAUGCUGGUUCUCCUUGUGAUGGUUCUACAGCAUAUGCUCUUCAAGGACACAGGAACAGCUCCAGCAUAAUAUCUCCUAUUGCAGAAAAACCAAAAUUUAUCAACAAGCAGUAUAUUUCUGCGAAUACACGCAACAUUUCCUUAAGUCCUUCCACCAUUGUUUGAGCUUUUCCUAACCUGUAUGCUUCAGUUUGAACAAGUCUCUACUGUAAUCUGAUAAGUACAUAGAGCCGCAUGGAGAAGAAAACAUAAAAUUGACUCACCGCUUCACUAGAUACAUUUGCACCUCCUUCUUUCUAUAAUCUUUUAUACCGUUAACAAAUAACUUAGUGACUUGAACAUGUGUAAUAUUUCAGAAUGUGUACAUAAUUUGUUAUUUCUGCAGUUUGUUUUAUAAACUCCUCCAGUACCAUUGAGGUCAAUGGCACUUUAAUUUGUGACACCCUUUGAUGCUGAAGGAAAUUAAUUUGUAAGUUGCACAGUUUGUAAAGUUUCUUCAAAAUUAAAUUUUGAAAGAAAAAAAAAAGUGUAUUUAAAUAACAGAAAAAAACAACAAAGUAAUAACUUUCUAUCACUCUUGUCUACAUUGAACUGGAAUUUGAUAAGUGUGUCUUAUUUUUUUCAUAGUUGUACCCAAAAUAGAAAAUAAUUUAUUUACUGUAUGUAAUACCUAAAUCUGAAUAAAACAGAUUUAUUUGCGUUUUUGAA